AUGCCAGCAUAUCACUCUACUUUCCCAGUCGAUCCACAAAAUGACAGAAUGGUUGGAAACUUUGCUAUAUUGCCAUUAAAUUCCAAAUAUAGAGGGCCAGCAUACCCAGCCAAUUCUGAUUACGAUAUAAUUGAUGAAUGUCUCGAUCUUUUCCGUGCCAAUUCAUUCUUCAAGAACUUCGAGAUUAAAUCACCUGCCGACAGAGUGUUAAUUUAUGGUAUUCUAUUUAUCAACGAUUGUCUCUCUAAUUUGAAGCCAAAUACAUCUUAUAAUGAAGCUAUGAAAGUGUUAACAAACGUUGCCUUAGAUAACUUUACCAUACCUGGAACACCUGGAUUUCCCUUAAAUACCGUCUACUCUGUGCCUGUGGAGGAUCGUAACGGCAUGGAUCUUUUGAAAACUUAUAUCCAACAAUUCCGUCAAGAACUAGCAAUGAGAUUAUUAGAAAGAAUUUACAGAGACUCUAAGGAAAGUCCAUCUAAAUAUUGGCUAGCAUUCACUAGGAGAAGAUUUAUGAAUAAAUCAUUAUAA